AUGACAUCAAAAUCUCCACGUCAUGUUUUAUCAUCAAGUGCAUCAAGUGAUACAACCGAAUCACCAACACUAAGCAACCAUGCGACUAAUGAAAAUGACACUAUUUUAAUUGCUAAAAAACUUAGUAGUAUAACUUUGGAAGAACGUGAAGAACGACAACAAGCACUUGAUCAUUUAGAAAUUCUUAAGACAGUUGGGACAGGCUCCUACGGACGAGUACUUGUUGCUCGAAAUCGUGAAACAUCUAUUUAUUAUGCAUUAAAAAUAUUCUCUAUUACUCAUGUUGUACAAUCACGUCAAGUUGAACAUGUUAAAAAUGAAAAAGAGAUUUUAUCCGGUAUUAAACAUCCAUUUAUCAUUCGUUUACAUUGGACACAUCAUUCUGAACAAUUUUUAUACAUGCUUCUUGAUUAUAUACCCGGCGGUGAAUUAUUUACUUAUAUGAGAAAACGAGGUACAUUUGAUUUAAAAUCAUCAUUAUUUUAUGUCAGUGAAAUAACAUUAGCAUUUGAAUAUCUCCAUUCAUUACAAAUUGUUUAUCGCGAUUUAAAACCAGAAAAUAUUUUACUCGAUGCAGAAGGUCAUGUUAAACUUGUUGAUUUCGGUUUUGCAAAGAAAAUUUUAAAUAAAACAUUUACUACAUGUGGUACACCAGAUUAUUUAAGUCCAGAAUUAUUUAAAGGUACAGGACAUAAUAAAAGUACAGAUUGGUGGAGUUUGGGUAUACUAUUAUUUGAAAUGCUCAGUGGAUCAACGCCAUUCAAUCCUAAUCAAAAUGAAAGUGAAAUUCCUACUCGUGUAUUAGCUGGUCGAAUAUCAUGGCCACGUAUCAUAGAAGAAUCAACCAAAGCAUUUAUUAAAAAAUUAUUAAUACAAAAUCCCGAGAAACGUCUUGGUUCUGGUAAACAUGGAUCACGUGAAGUAAAAGAUCAACCAGUUUUUUCAAUAAUUAAAUGGGAUGAUGUUUAUGCACGUAAAUUAAAACCACCCAUUGUACCUACACUUGAACAUCCAGGUGAUACGUCAUGUUUCGAUCAAUAUAAAGAAGAUUGGCGAUCAGCAGCAUUUGCAUCGGAUAGAGAACUAGAUUUAUUUGCAGAUUUUUAA